AUGGCAACGGACAGCCAGUCCGACAGAGCCACCCGUAAAAGAAUACGAGCUAGGCACAGCAAGUCGCGCAAAGGGUGCUUUACCUGCAAGGGUCGCCGAGUCAAGUGCGACGAAAUCAAACCAACAUGCGGUGCUUGUGCCUUGAGAGGCGAGCCUUGUGACUGGCCCGCCGAGACUGGCUCCCAAGGGCACGACACGCCGGGUCGGUCACAGGCUGGCUCCGACCGAACUGGCCGCGCUCAAGCACGCCGAGAUCAACCCAAGAGCGGGCCGUCACCGCACGCGUUGCAGUUUGACAUCGGCGCAUCAGAUCCAGCCGGUGGAGGUUGGACUCCCCGCCCCGGGCAGUUGAACAUGGUUGAUCUGCAGCUCCACGCGCAUUUCAUGCUGCACACCUCCAAGCACAUGUCGCUGAACCCGCGCCGGCAACGCAUCUGGGAAACCGUCGUCCCCCGCUUCGCCAUGCGGAACGAGGCCCUCAUGCACCUUCUUCUCGCCCUGGCGGGGCUGGAUUACGCCUCGGACUGGACGGCCGACCAGCAACUGCCACGCGUGUCUCCCGACAUGGAGAGCCAGCCCUCGCCGGCCAUCGGAGACCCCGAGCACGACCACACCCUGGACGCCGCGUACCUCCAGAUCAUUGUCGAGCACCACCAGCGCGGGCUGGAAGCGUUCCGGACGGAGCUCGCGAACCUAUCUAGUGCGAAUCUCAACCUCGUGUUCGCGGGCUCGUUGAUGCUGGUCGCGUUUGCGCUCGCGUCCCUCCGCAUUCGCAACCUGAGCGAUGCGCACUCGCAACCGGGCCAGCCGCGGCUCGACUGGAUCUUCCUCAUCCAAGGCCUGUGCACCGUGAUCAAGCAGAACUGGCCCGAGCUGCGCAUGGGCCCCUUGAGAGACAUGACGCAGUACAGCUACGCGAAUGACGACUGGCGAAUGUAUCCGCGGGACGCGCUUUGCUCUGUCUCUGUUUCCGUGCGGCGAGGAUGCUCGCCGCGUCUGUUGGCGUUCUACCGCGGCGCGGACGACGCCUUGACACAGCUGGUUGCAUACCAUGAGUCCUUGGCCUCCCGGCAGAGGCAGAUCCUGGCGGAGCAGAAGGCUGCCCUGGAGCUCCUGGAGUCGAUGUACAUGCGGGCGCUCUCCGUCGUGCGCUUUUCGGACGAGGGGCGAGAGUCGCCUUGUGAUGUACAGGCCGAUCUGGAAGACGCGGCGCUCAUUGGUUGGGCGGAGUUUCUGCCAGAGGGGUUUCUGGAUACUCUGGCCGGCGGCGGGGUGUGUUCGACGCUGUCGUAUGUGAUCCUGGCGUACUUUCACCUUCUCUUCGCGCUGCUGGAUUCGUUUUGGUAUGUCAAGGGGGGGUUUGAUGGGGAAAUAGUGAAGAUUAAGGCGCUGGUGGAUACAUCGGGGGAAGGGGAGUUGAUGCUGUUAAUGCAGUGGCCCGUGUCUGUUAUUGCUGUCGAUCAUGACCCUGGCAGUGUAAUUGUAUAA